AUGAUGCUCAGAUCGAAACUCAAGAAUGUUCAAGUUCCAGGUAAAUUAAAAAAUGAACAUUUUUAUUUAUGAAAAACAUCUUGAAAUUCAUAAUUUUAGUUGACAACCGACAAAAGCGUAAGCAAGAAUUGACACUGAACAAGAACCCAAAUGAGCCAGCAGCCAAGAAGUCGAUAUGUGACAUCAGCACUGGAAUCAAAGCUUUUGCCAUUGAUUCCACGAAAAGAGCAAACAGAGUCAACGACGAAAAUCUCAAGUAAGUAUUUGACAGGUUUUCUCAAGUUAAAAAUUCGAUUUGGAACAUCUAAAAUAAGAGAUUAUAAAGUUAUUCGAAGGAUUUCGAAUAAUCAAAAUAAGAGAAUUUUGCAGACCAGAAAACGAAUUGCAAGAGGGAACCAAGUCGGAAGCAUUCAUUGAUCCAUGCCCAAACUACGAUUACGACCGAGAUGAAGCUCAUAAUCCAGAUAGUGUUUCUGAUUAUGCCAGUGAUAUCUUCAAAUACUACAAGUCAAGAGAAAAGAAUUUCCGAGUCGGAGAUUACCUUCCCAAACACUCUGAUUUGGACAUGAAAACUCGCGCGAUUCUGGUUGAUUGGCUUGUCGAACUUCAGGAAUCUUUCGAAUUGAAUCAUGAAACCUUGUACAACGCUGUCAAGAUUGUCGACAUCUACCUCUGGAAAUCGAAAAAUGUCUCAAAAGACAAAAUCCAAAUGGUUGCUUCAGCUGCCAUUUUCAUUGCUGCCAAAUAUGAUGUAAGAAUUCAUUGAAUUAUUUCUAUGAAAAAGUUGUGAAUAAUUAGAAUUUAACUAGUCAGCAGCUUUGAAAACAUAGAAUCAAGGAACUUGAUUCAAUUUGUAAUUCAAGAAAUUUCAUAUCAUUUUUUGAUUAUCAAAGUUCUAUUAGAAAAAUUAAGAUUUCAGUCAAAGAAAUUUGAUAAAACCUUUUCUAUUUUUCUGAAACUAUACUGAACUUGUUCAUUCAAAAAUAAGAAGACUACUUCAAAAACUUUUCGAUAAUUCUAGUUCUCCAUUUUUCAAUAAAAUUCAACAACUUUUUAAUUCAGGAGCGUUCACCACCAUUGGCCGACGAUUUGAUCUACUUGGCUGGGGAUCGUUUUGAUCGCGACUUGUUAAUGGCAAUGGAACGAGAAUUGUUCGCAACAAUCGAUUUCGAUUUGGGAUCUCCUUUGAGUUAUCGCUAUUUGAGACGAUUGGCUAGAGUUUCGCACUCGGACAUGUCUUCACUUACAUUAGCUCGAUAUCUUCUCGAAACAUCAUUGCUCAUUUAUGAUUACUCGUUGAUUUCUGCGAGCAGAAUUGCGUGUGCCGCUUUCCUUUUGGCCAUGAAAAUGAAGGACAAAGAGUAUGAGUGGUGAGUUUGGAAAACAGUUAUCCUCAUUUUAAAGAAAUUGCCUGAGAUUUUUCUUCGCCUCCCAAGUUAUUUCCGAAAAGAAUACUUUCAAUAUUUUGAAUCAAAAAUUGAUUUCUUGGUCCGACUUUCGAAGAUUACAACCAUAUCUUCGCUAAGACCAAACAAUUUAUCGAAAUUUGGGCGCUAAUUUUUUUAGUGUCAAAAUAGUAAUUUUUCAAAAUUUUAUAAGGAUUUUUGAACUUUAAUAAUGCAAAUUUUCACAAUUUACUUGUAGCAAUACAUACCUCAUUCCGGAUCCCGCUGUUCGAAUUAAAAAGCAUAAAUGACUCUCUCUUUUUUCUGCCACGAAUACACGUUUCACGUGGUUUAAAUAAUUUUUCAAUUCCAUCAUUUCUCUCUUCACUAAAUUUACAAUAGAAGACAAUUAUCUCAAAAUACUUUAUGAAUUACAGGAAUCCAAUUCUCAUGAAAUAUUCUGGCUACACUGCCGAUGAUGUUCUUCCACUUGUUGAACAUCUCAACCACACAAUGCACAUUGUUACCGGAAAAUGGAAACAGUUGGCUAACAUUCGUGAAAAAUACUCACAUGAGUAAGUGCAACUUUCUUUCUCUAAUUUUUUUCAAAAUCAAUAAUAUUGUUCUUUUUCCAGAGUCUUCUUCAAAUCUGCACUUAUUCCACUUCUUCCGGAUACUUUGGCUGAACACAAAAUGUUCGCUCCACUUCCACAAAUGUCUUUCCCAUAA